AUGUCCGGUGUAGAAUGUCUUGAUGGCCAAGGAGGCAAGUUGCGGCGCACUCACGAUUCAAUCGGAACCGAGCGCGACCGGUUGGUAGAGACGGCACGAAGCCUCAUCGCAAAGAGAAUCAAGCGGAACGACGGCUCCUCGCGCAGCGGAGCGAACUGGUGA